GGUUAUCAAAAUGUAUCAUAAUAUUUUUGUCGGCAAAAUUCCAAUACAAUAGUUCAUGUGACUAUUCAACUAAAGUGACGGAUGUCCAAUUUCUUAAUCAGUUGCAUGGUCUUUCGUUAAAAAUGGUUUUUACAGCGGAGUUAUUGUAAUUACUGUAAUGUUCUCGUACUCAAGUCUGUUAUUGCGAUCAUAUUUGAGACGUAGAUGUCGUACCUACGCUCAAUCGACGAAUUUAAAAUACAAUGUGUAUGACAAAAUAAUUUAUAAUACGGUGUUGCAGAGUAAAAAAACUGGGCACUAUUGGGCAAAUGUGAAAGAUCAGAUUAAAAAUCAAAAGGUUGUAGAAAUUAAAAAUGAAGUUGUACCUGUAUCGUUACAAUACUUGGACGGAUAUGGUGGACAAGACGAAAAUGAAACUGGAGAACCUAAAAUAGCCACAGAGAAAAUAAAUAAACCACAUAAUUUACCAUACAGCAUUGUUAGUAAAAUCAAUAUUAUAAACGAUGAUGACCAAAAUGUUAAAGAUAAUGUGGACACCGAAGUAAAUUAUGAUUGUAAGUUACUGUAUAAAGCAUUUUUAAUUUAAUUUAUAAUUAUUACUUAAGUAUACUUAUAUAAUAUUUUUGUGAUAAUUUCUUAGAUGAGUUAAAUGAGUUGAUGACAAAAAAUUGGAUGAGUGAUUACGAGUGUUAUGAAGAAAGAGAUUUAGUGGAAGAAAAUAGUAUUCCUUCUUGGACGUCUGAAUAUGGUACACCCGACUCAUCCAUUGAUAUUAGCAAUGUACCUUGUGGUGGUUGUGGAGCACUGUUACACUGUCAGAAUCCAUCUAUACCUGGCUAUUUACCUAGUGAGUUGUUUUGUCACUGUGAAACUGAAGAUCUCCGGACAAUGGUGUGCCAACGUUGCCAUUUCAUAAAUAAAUAUGAUACUGCUCUAGCUGUACAAGUUGAUCCAAUUGAAUACCCUAAACUAUUGUAUCCUCUGAAAAAAAAAAAAGCACUUAUUAUUUUAAUGGUAGAUUUGACAGAUUUUCCUUGCAGUAUUUGGCCAAAUUUAGUAAAUUGCAUCGGUACAAAUAAACCAAUAGUUGUCGUUGGCAAUAAACUUGAUUUAUUACCCGGUGAUUUUCCUGGAUGGGUUAGUCAUGUACAAAGCACUUUGGUUCAAAACAUUCCGAAAGAAAUGAAUGUUAAACAUGUAACUGUUGUUAGUGCAAAAACAGGAUUUGGUAUUGAAGAGUUAAUAAAUAAAUUACAUAUGCUAUGGGAAACUAAAGGUGAUGUGUAUUUGAUUGGAUGUACUAAUGUUGGCAAGUCAACAAUGUUUAAUACUUUAUUGCAAUCAGAUUAUUGUAAAGUUAAAGCUGUAGAUCUAGUGCAAAGAGCAACUACAUCACCUUGGCCUGGUACUACAUUAAAUUUGCUCAAGGUAAAAUUAAACUAAUCACUUAUGUAUGUUUUAUAUUAAUUAUAUUUUUAUUUAAGUUCCCCAUAAUGCGGGCAUCUAAUUGGAGAUUAUACAUGAGAACUCAACGUCUGAAAUCGGAAAGAAAAGAAAGGAUACUAGAACAACAACUGGAAAUAGAUCAGAAACGUCUAGCAAGAUUGAAAAUAAAUACCAUACCGUCAAUUAUUGGUAACUCAUUAAUAAAUUACUUUUAAUUUAAGCCUUGUUUUUAUAGUCUCCUGUAAAGUAUUUGUUAAUGUUAACCAUCAUUUAAUCAAUAGAAUUUUGAUGCUUCACAUAACAUAUUAGUUAUCCCUAACAAACAUUUUAUGAAAUAUUGUAAGAACAAUCCUAUAUAUAGUAAAGUUAUUUAACUAAAAAUAUUUUAUACUAGGUCAAAUUGGUCUUACGUUUUACAAUCAAAUAAAACAAAAUGAACUUGAAAAACAAAACAAUAUAGAUCCAUUUGCUUCCAGUUUAAACAAAAUUAACAAAAAUCGUGUAACUAGUAGCUCUUUGGGAUUAGAUGAAAACGAUCCAGAAUUUAUUCAUAGUAAAUGGAUGUAUGAUACACCAGGUGUUGUUCAUCCAGACCAAUCCAUUAAUUUGUUGACUACUGAAGAAUUGAUGAUGACUUUACCUACCGCUGUUAUUAAACCAAGAACAUUUAGUUUAAGACAUCGGCAAACACUGUUUGUUGGUGGUAUUGGUCGAAUUGAUUGUUUAAGAACAGCAGCAAAAUUUGUUCGGUUUACUGUCUUUAGUGCACCUACACUUCCAAUUACUAUUUGUGAUUUUGAGGAUGCAGAUGAGGUGUAUGAGCAACUUUUAGGUACAUAUUUAUUGGCUGUUCCGUGUGGUAGUAAAGAAAGACUUUCCAAGUGGCCCGGAUUAAGUUGUUAUAAAGAAAAAAUUCAAUUAACUGGAAUUAAUGAUAAAACUAGUUGUGCAGACAUUGUUUUGUCAUCAGCAGGUGAGAAACAUUUAUAUUUUAACGAGUUUAAGACAUUGAUUUGUUCUUCUGUGUUUAGUUAGUGUUGCUAACUACUAAGUGUAUUUGGGUAUUUUAAUUUAAACAAGCAUAUAUAUCCGUAGUAAUUUUAAGUAUGUAUUUGUUUAAAUUGCCAAUGAGUAGUUGUACAAUUGUAAUUUCCAACAUAUGAAUUAAAAAAUAAUAAUUACUGUAAAAUGAGCUCCUUAAAUUAUUGUAAGAAAAACAUAAUUCAGAAUUAAUAUUUUGAGAUAAUACACUGUUAUCACGAGUUAUAACUUUUCAACUAUAUUUAUUCAUAUUUUAUUUGAUAUGUUUACUAUUAUAAUCAAUGUAACUUAAAAAAUUAUUUUAAUAAUAUGAAAAACCAUUUAGGUUAUAUUUAUAAUUUGCGCGAAAAUUAAUACCAUUUGUUAAUUUUCCUUUCAUUCUCUUUUGAAUUUUAAAUUUGUAUAGAUAUAUAUUAUUUUAUAAUUUUAUUUAUGUAAUUAAAUAGUUUGACUAUGCUUGUUUUAGAGUACGAUUAGACGGCAUUUGUGAAAAACAUAUCAAAUUUUAUAUUACUCAUCAAUUUUGUUUAAAAUUUUAUGUCAGAUUAAAUGUUUGGUAUUGCAAUUUAUCUUAUUUUUAAUAUCAUGUAAUAACCAUAUAUGUUAAGGCAUAAGUUAAGAUAGGAAAAUCUGUUGGUUCAAAAGGGUAUAAGUAUAGUACAUUAUUCAGUUUUUUUUUUAGCUGAAAAGUUAUAAAAUUCACAAAUGUCGUCCAAUUGUUUUCUGUAGUUGUCUAAUUUUAGAAUAUAUUGUAUUUUAAUUUUAAUAUUAAAUUAUAAAUACAUGCAUAAUAAUAGUACAACAUCAAUAAUAAAUAUUUACAACUUUUAUAUAGGAUGGGUUUCUGUGACACCUUAUACUAAUGCUGUUUGUGACGUGCAAGCUUGGACACCUGAAAGUCGAGGCAUUUAUAUUCGUACUCCACCAGUGUUAAGAUAUGCAGUUAAUCAGCGUGGAUCAAGAAUAAAAUAUACUCCAGCAUAUUUUCCUAAAACACAGUAAUUAAGUAUAUAUUAUUAUUUGAUGUACUCUGUAAAAAUUUAUUUUUCUGCAUAGAUGUUUAUACAAAUAUUAAGUUUAGUUUAUUAUUAUAUUUUUGAAAGAAAAUAUUUUUUUAUUUGUUGUUAUUUAACUUAACAGUAGUUUUACUGUUCAUAAAAUCAAUAAAUGACAUUUAUGAUCAUCCGACUGACUUCUACCACUGUAGCCUGUAAGGUUGUCAGCUUUUAAACUUUAAAAUAUGAGUUAAAAAAAAAGAAUUAUGGGUAGGGUGUAGUUACUGUUAAAGAUUAUUUAAUGUACACCUUUAAGCAACGAUAAACCAUUGAAAAAUCAAUUCUGAGCGAAAUUUAGUUGAUAGUAAUGCUUUGUCAAAAAUAUAUAUGUAAUUUUAUAGUAAAAUAUUAAAAUAGGC